UGGCUCUGGGGUCGGGGGUGGGAUCUGAACCCAGGCGUUUGAAUCUGUGGCUUUGCUGAUAGAAGGGGCAGGAGUGAGGGAGGGAGGGGAUGGAGGAGCAGAGGCUGCGUCCCUCUCCUGCGUGCAAGGUGCCCACCGAUGGUGGGUGGCGAGGGCAGCGGCCAAGGGCCAGCACCUUGCCCUUCCCAGGGGCCACCUGGGGACUGGCCUGUGCUGCCCUAGAUUGUCAGUGGGUGCUGAGUGCUGGAGACAGUGGGGAGGGGAGCCCUGGCAGCCCGAGGGGCAUGGCUGGAUCAGGGCCCGGCACACAGUGGUGCCUGCGCGUGGCAGACAGCAAUGUCCAUGAGGAUUGCCCAGCUCAGUGAUCAGCAGCGUGUCCCAGGCACUGGGCUUAGGGGCAGUGUGGCAUCCUGUCUGUAACCUCAGAGGUGGGCAUCAUGUGUUCAGAGGACAUGGGGGCUCUCAGAGGCCGAGUGACCAGCCCAGGGGCACACAGCUGUGUCAGGAAGGGACAGCGAGGGACCUUUGGGUGUGUCUGCAUGUGAGCGAGCCCUGGUUCUGCCCUGCUCAGCUGUGUGACACCAGAUGAGUUGCCCAGCCUCUCUGGUCCCCAUGGGACCUGCUGGCCUGGGCACGGUGUGCUGGCAGUUAACUUCCGAAGUCUGGUUCUUGGGGUGAAGGGGCAGUGUAGGGGGAGCAGGCUGAGCCUCUGUCUUUGGCCAAGUCAUUGCUGCAGACCCCUGCUGGGCAGGGCCAAUAUUCCAGGAAGCCCUGUGGUCAGGCCUUGCCCAGGCCAAGGCCUCGGGGAGGGGCCCUGGAGGCCCUGUCCUGGAUGAGGAAGCGGCAUCCAGAGAGGGUGAGGCACGAGGCCUGGCCACACGGGAGGUGGCCGAAGGGCUGGACCCACAGAGAGGCAGUGGGCGUGGAUGCAGUGCUCCGCCGUGCAGGAGGAGCGGCAGCGGGGCAAGGACCGCAAUGAGAAUGAGGUGGAAUCCACCAGCAGUGCCAACGAGGACAUGCCCGUGGAGAAGAUCCUGGAGGCCGAGCUGGCUGUGGAGCCCAAGACGGAGACGUACGUGGAGGCAACUGUGGGGCUGAACCCCAGCUCGGUGAGUGCCUGCCGCCCACUCGGCCCCUCCCCCUGGGGGCUUCUUGCGCCCCAUCCACUCUGUGCGGUGCUUGCCCUCUCUGGGGCGGCUCUGUGGGCAGGGCCUCCUCGGCCUGGCUGUGUCCAGGUGGCUGGCUCUGGCCCCUCACCCCCUGGUUGGGCCUCUGUCCUCCCGGACCGCCUUGCCCUCUCUGUCCCCAACAGCCUCAAGGUGAUGGGGUGGCAGGGGCCCCGAUCAGCCUUCCUGGGGCGGGCCCUGCAGGUAUUUGCCAGCCGGGCGGGGAUGUUUGUUUGCGUUCACCCUCGAGGCUCCUGCUGCCUUUGGCCCGCUGUGCAGCUGGGUGGGGACACCGCGUCUGCCCCUGGUUGUGGUCAGGGUUGUGCCCAGUCUUACAUCCGCCUCUCUCGUAACCCUGAAGUUCUCUGGAAACAAACGCCCAGCAGCAGGUGGGGAAAGCCUUGUCCGAGAGGGGGGUGGUGGUGUUUCUUCGCACCCGCCAGGGUUCCCCUAGCCCACUUUGGGAACCUAUCUGGCAAAGAUGGGUGUCUGAUGGUUCGUGCUGUGUCGGGGCCGGGUAGGGGCUCAGAGCAGGCGGUCCUGAGACAGCCCUGUCCUCCCCCAGGCUGGAACGAACUGCUCAUUGCUUCCUUCUCCCACCGCUCCAUCGCUGUGAAGGACGGCAUCCUGCUCGCCACUGGCCUGCACGUCCACCGCAACAGCGCCCACAGCGCAGGCGUGGGUGCCAUCUUUGACAGGUGGGCCCACGUUCUGGCAGGGUCGAGAUGGUCCUCCUGGGGAAUGGGGAGGCACAGAGCCGCACGGGGAGAAGGCGACACCCUCCUGAUCCAGCAUCCGGAAAGACUCGAUGACCAGUUACCCCAGGUGGCCUUGGCAGGCCUCUUCCCUAAGCCCACACCCUGCUGCUGCGUGCCCACGUUCGCCAAGCUCCUGCUCCGCCUGCCCGCCCUGCGCUCCAUCGGCCUCAAGUGCCUGGAACAUCUUUUCUUCUUCAAACUCAUCGGGGACACGCCCAUUGACACCUUCCUCAUGGAGAUGCUGGAGGCCCCACACCAAAUGACUUAGAGCCCUGCCUGCCCACCCGGCCCCCGCCGGCCACCAGCUGCUCUUCUCAGCCCGAGCCCUGCCCCCUUCUCUGCCUGGCCUGUGUGGACCCUUGGGGCCACCUGUCACUGCUGUGCCGGAGAGAGAUGUUGUCAUCGUUUUUACUAAUACUUGUCUGUGGACCGAGGCACUGGUCUCCCAGGGCAGCGGCGGGAGCACAGGAUCUGGAGCGAGGGGUCUGCUCCCGUUGGGGUCUGCGGGUGCCCAACGUCUCCCCGGCCCUCGGUGCCGCUGGAGCUGGAGGAGCUGGGAGGGCAGUUGGCUUGGUUCUGUUUGUUGCUGGUUUGCAAGCUCCCCGAGUGGCCUUCCUCUGCUUGGAGUCGUCCUUCUUCACCUCCUCUCAAUAUUGGCACCCAGCCAGCCUGCGGGUGCCCCUGGGGUCAGGAGGGGAUAAGUGGGCGGGCCGGUGUUCCACUGCUGAAGACCCCACUUGGCCCCAGGAAGAUGAGAGGGUGCCGUCUGGGGCCAGCGUGCCUCCCUUCUCAGACUGCUGGGGCGAGCUGCCGUCUUUCCAAAGAGAACUUGCAAGUUAGCCGAGCCGACCUCGGGGUGUGGGGUUUUGGGGGCCACUCUCCCACCUGCUCGCUUUUCUCUCUGCAUCGUCCUGGUUCCCCCCACGUGUUUGUGUCCAGCCUGUGGUAACCAGACCUGGCUUCCAGCUUCCCCUACCCUCCCUCAGUCUUCAUCUUCUCGGUGGGUCAAGGCUAGUCCCCGCUUCCCUGGGGGCUAGCCCAAUCUCAGCGGCUUCCUGGAGGGACCUGGGCCCUUCAGAGGUGGGCUUUGCUGGCUUGUCAUUAGAAAUCCAUCAGCAUGGGUCUGCCAUCUUGCCGGUCACCUGGAAGGCUCUGGGGAACUAGCAUUUGCCAGUUGGCUUCCCCCAGAAGGUCUCUGGGUGGCUGUGGGCUCCCGGAGGGAGGCAGAGGCGUGGGGCAGCAGCGGGGCUGUGGCGCAGGUCGGGCGGGGGCAGCCUGCAGGAGCGGCUUGGUGAGGGUGUGGACCCCCUCUCGGCCUCUCCUCUCCUGGCCCUGCCUGGACAACUCAUGGGACCCUGGGAUCACUGAGCCCAGUGUCCUCGGGGCUGUGGUAUGUGGGUACCAUGUAGACUCCUGCUUGGGGUGGAGGUGCAGGACCCCCCUGGCCUUCCCAGUCCAGCCCCGUCCAGCCUAGGAUCCCCUUCUAAGGCGUCUGGGACCUAGCCCGGGUGGGGGCGCUCUGCCUCCCAGGGUGGGGCUCUGAUGCUCUGGGGGCUUUCUCAGGUCAACUGGCCUCUUUGCAUUGUAGUCCCCUCCCUUGGGCCUGGGCACCAUCCAUAUUUGUGUCUCAGGCCCCUUGAGUCCAGCAUUUGUCAGUGGGGGUUCCUGGACGGGGGACAGCAGGGGGGCUGGCCUUCUUGGCCCCCCAAGGGGUGCUCAGUAACAGCUGGCUUUGCUCUGCAGCUCCUCACCAGCCCACUUUCUCUGGCCUGGGUCUCUGGGACGGAGUGGAGGGCUGUUUUCCCAUUUGGUGCAGGGGCGCCCUGUGGGGGCCUCCUCAGGCUCAAAGGGGAGGGCAUUGGCAGCUGGAGAGGCUGGUUUCCAGGCCUUGGGGAGAGGGAAGUGUCCAUACUCCACCUGCCAGGCGUCCCUGCGUGGAUCCCAAGACAUCUCCUUCUGCCGCGCCCCUGCCUAGGAGGGGCCUUUAACUGGCUGCCUGCUCAGCCCUGUCCUGUGGCAGGACGCUCCUGGCAACUUUGCCCCCCCUUCCUUCCCCCCAGGCCCCACCAGGAAGUUUUGGCGCCUUCAGGGGUGACCUGUACCUGGACACUGGCGCGGGCACUCUUGGAGGAUGCCCUUUUGGGGUUAUCCCUCUUGUGGGAGAGCCAGCUGCACGCCCAGCUCUUGGGUCCCUUCUGCAGCCCCGCCCACCACUUUCCUUCAAGCCUCCCACCAGCCUGCGCCUUCCCUGCGUGUCCCGCGCCUCACCUGGGCUGGGGGGUGGGGACGCUGGCAGGACACAGGGACGAGGCGCUUGGUGUGGGGAGGCUGGCGCCUUCUUGGGAACGUGGCUCCUGGCCCUGGGCCGGCUGGGCAUCCAUCACGGAGACUGGGGGCCCCCUCCCGCCACCAGAAAUCCCCCAGCCCGGCGCCCCACGUCUGUCAUUUGACUCACUUCUUCCAGGUGUCCCCCCCAUCCCGUGGUUUUGUCUUCAUAACUACAGCGCUGUUUGAAAAGGUGACGUGGGUAAAAUGACAUGUUUCCUGGUAGAGAGGUGGGAUCUUUAUUUAACCAGACCUUUAGUACCCUUACAAAUCUGGUUCAAUUACGGUGAUUUUUUUUGUAAUUAUUAUUAUUAUUAUUAUUAUUAUUUGGUGGGACAAUCUUUAAUUUUCUAAAGAUAGCACUAACAUCAGCUUGUUAGCCGCCCUGUGCCCGUCCUCUCUCGACCCGGCUGGAUGACGCGGGACUCAGACCUGCCGCUUCCCGUCCCCCUGCUCUGAUGUCGGACGGUGGCUGCGUGGCCAAGGAGCAGAGACCACCACGCCUGGGGGCAAAACCAGGCUCCCCCCGCACCCCAUCAGGAAGCUGGCCCGCCGGUGACCACCUGACGGUGGAGGGCGCCUGUGUCAGCGCCGGCCCUCAUCACCGUAGGCGCGGCCAGAGAGGUCCUGGAAGCACGCGGCCUCGGUGCCAGACAGCCGGCACUCUGGGUUUCCUGGGGGAGACACCCCAACCCGUCCUUGUGGUGGCUCUGGGAGGGCCUGGCGGAAGGUGCUGGUCGUGGGUAGCCAGCUGACGUUGUCCCCAUCACAGACGAGGGUGCACCGUCCCGUCCCGUUGUGCAGGUGUGUGGUGUGGACACGCGUGUGCCGUGCAGAGCCCGUACCAGCUGUGUUGAUUUUUAAUCAAGACUUGGUUUCCCGUUUUCCUACACACUUGCUUCCUAUAAGCAAGUACCUGAGGACCCUUCCUUUGGUGAAAUCCGGGUUCGAAUGACUAUCUGAAGACGAGGAGGUGCAUCUAUUUUAAGAUGCUUUGGAGCAGGCUGCUUUUGAGGUUCCCAAUCUCUAGCCAUGCCUUAGCUGGGACACACAGCUGUCACUUUAGAGAGGGUCACAAAUGCGUAAAGAGAGUAAAGAAAAGAUGUCUAAAGCAUCAGGAAAGGUAAAAAAAAAAAAAAAAA